AUUAUGCUUCAUUAAAAAAUGUUUUGUGUAAACUUGGCAUUACUUACGGGUUUGACUUUUCAGAAUUCUCCCCAGGUGGCGCUCAUAACAUUAUACUACGACGCAGUGCCGUAUUGUAGAACGAGGAAAAAAAUUCGGCUUAGUUAUUAAUUUACGUGGGGUUUCCCUUUAGUUUUAUUUGGUUUGUAAGAAAUAAAGGAGAAAAUUUGACAAAAUUAGAAGCAUCUCAGUUCUGAGCAAAGUAUGAAGAUCCCUUCGUUUCGACGAUAUAGGGGUUCUUAUAUCGUAUACGAUAUAGCAAACUCCUGCCUUCUGGCAAGGUUGUUAUGUGUCAGCUGUUUGUAGUUCUUUACGUUUCUCCGUGUCAAUUCGUUUUGUUAAAUUAUUGGGAGAUAGAUUGUUUAUUACAUAAAGAUGGCGCAUCCCGAGGAAGGAUAGGAAAAACAUCAGUGUGAAUAUCCGCUAGGGCCAUUCUUUGCUUUGGUUGAGUCGACAAGCGUAAUUUAAGCAACAGUGAUCCGCAGAGCUAUAGGCUUUGUUUGUGUGACAGCGGGAAUCGUGUAAGAGGUGCACGCAGAAUGCUCGCCUAGCCGCCGAACUCAGUGGACACGGAAGUUCACAUCCGAAAGCAGCUGUCUCAAUGAUUGGUGAUGGAACGACUGAUUUGGGGCAGCACAUCCAUCGAAUUAUGUUAUUGGUUUUGGAGGCAGGAUGACCGAGCACAGUCUUAUAUUAUAGAUGGUUCGUCCUGAUGUGGUGUCACAAUGAAGAAAUGCCUUUUCACCCUACCUAUCGCUAAAAUAGGCUGUUGAAGGGCCUGCUAGCGCAUAGGUUCGACAUAUAUUGAUAAAUCGUUAUGAAAGUCAUAUGGUGGCAACGUGACUUAGUGCCGCUUCAACAUAAUAUGCAUGUAUAUGUACUUAAGUAGAUAUGUAUGUACUUGUUAUAUUGAAUAAUAAAUGCUUUCAAUAACGAAAUAUUCGCGACAACAUUGUAGUUUCUGGGAACAAGUAUAGAUUUCGGAAAACCCUGAAUUCAUGGAAUUGCAAAAGGAAAUAAAUUGUAUUAAUGGGCAUUAGUAGAAUGAAAAUCUAUAACUUGGGUUUUUGUGGAGAUAUGUAAUGCAUUAUGGUGCAUUUGAAAAGUUUGCAAACUCGAUUUUCUGUUUAAUUUUGUGUGUAGCCGGGGAUGUGGUUUGACGACCUGGGCCUGCCACCCGAAAAAACUAAAGAAUAUGGAAUCAUUAUACUGGCGGUCUCUCUUGCUAAAUGCGUUAGAAACAGCUGCUUAAUAAUGUUGACGAAAUUAACAGCCAGUUUAAAAAAAAAAAUGAAUUUGAAACCGUACUGAAAGGUGUAUUCCACAAAGUGUGAUUGACAGCUCAGGUAGGCUCUCUUUUAAGGUACUGUUAUGCCAAAAAGUAUAAACAAGCGAUUCAGAAUUCAUAAAAAUGUAUUAUUUUUUUGUUUCUUCUGAGCGCAAUGUCAAAUUCAAUCACACUUUGUUGAAUACAUUCUGGCGGUACGUGAGAAAAAGGAGACAUUUGAUGGCUGUAAAUGUUCUUGUUUGAUAUGAUAACAUGCUCUUCACGUACAUAGACGUCAACGCAAUUUAUUGAACGUGCAAGCGCAAGGUAAGUACAUAAGCAUAACGUAUAACCGAAAAAGUGGCACCUCUAAUGGAAUCAGAGGUGUUAAAAAAUAGGGAUAGCAACAAACUUCGCGAUCUUCCUCAAUGGCUGAGCUGUCGUUCAUUUUUAACCAUGAGGUAAGUGCAGCGGUAUUAUUCGUAUUUGCCGUAUUUUCUAUUUUACACAUUUGGUUAGUUCGCAAUUCAUAUAUUCGCUUGAUUUUUUUCUUUUUACAGAUGGAAUGACGCCGCGACUUGUGUUUUUCUUUUCCUCCAGAAAAGUGAAGAGUGCUGGGGCAAAAAUUUAGAAAACGAAAAUUUAAUUUCACUUUCACUACGUUAAACAACUAUUUCCGUUUUGUAGCGAAGCAAAUACCGCCCAUCGGGUGAAGUCGAACACUCAAAAUAAGAUCUAGCUGAGAGGUGCUGGUGCGUGAAGGAGUAAUGUCCAGACGGCAAAUAACUCUUCCAAUAAUUGCCAGCAGUUCGAUGUACUGCUAUGCAUGUAAAUAGCAAAAGGGCAUAAAGAGGAAUUGUUAAAAUAAUAAGUACUCUGGGAGUGAUUAAGUACAUGAAUUGGAGAAAUAACCAGUCAAAGUUGAGAAGCGAAUGUACAAAGUGUACUUAUCUGUAGGUAGUGUAAUACACGGCAAAAUUAUCGAACUUAGGUAAGCAACGCUUGCCAGCGCGCAGCAUUGUGUUCCGACACACGCGACGUGAAGAGCUAAACGCACUGCAGUUACAUGCGAAAACUUUAGCCAACAAACAAAAGGUAUUCUACGCCACCACCACACAAAUCCCAUCCACCUAACCAAUUCAUGCCAGCCGCUAUGGGAAAUUAUGAUAAUGAUGGCAAGAAGUCAACACCAUGCGCCAAUUGUAUGGCGGCGUUUAAGUGGAUACCAGUCAUAUUCAUCUCCGCCGUUAUUGCGUGGUCCUACUACGCUUAUGUAGUACAACUUUGCUUAUUAUCCAUUGACAACACCUUUGAAAAGAUCGUUUUUCUCAUAUUCUAUCAUAUAAUAUGCAUGCUGUUUUUCUGGUCUUAUUCGAAUACCAUAUUUACACCAGUGGGUACAGUGCCAUCAAAUUGGCGCAUACCUGAAUCAGACACUGAACACAUUUCCCAUGCAGACACACAGGAACAACAAAAGCGAAUUUUAGAAAACUUUGCCAAAACGCUGUCAGUCACAAAUCGUACUUUAAAUGGAUCGGUGCGUUUUUGUGAAAAAUGCAAAAUAAUCAAACCAGAUUGCGCACAUCACUGCAGUGUCUGUGGUUCCUGUGUACUCAAAAUGGAUCACCAUUGUCCCUGGGUAAACAAUUGUGUUAACUUUACAAAUUACAAGUUUUUUGUACUCUUCUUGGGAUAUGCGCUACUAUAUUGUCUUUAUGUGGCCUUAACAUCGCUCGAAUAUUUUAUACGCUUCUGGCGGGGUGAUUUAAAUGGUGGCAUGGGUCGUUUUCACAUAUUGUUCCUGUUCUUUGUGUCGCUGAUGUUUGCAAUAAGUUUGGUGAGCCUCUUCGGUUAUCACGUUUACUUGACGCUCAUGAACCGCACAACGUUAGAGGCUUUCCGCGCGCCAAUUUUUCGCAUAUGUGGUCUAGAUAAGAAUGGCUAUAAUUUGGGAAAGUAUGCCAAUUUCCAAGAAGUGUUCGGCGAUAACUGGAGACUGUGGUUUUUGCCAGUAUACACGCAAAAGCAGAUUGGGGAGUGGCGUUUUUUUUGUUUCUGUUAUAUUACAUAUAUCCACUUACUUUGGCUAAAGCAAAAAAAAAGGCAGCAGAUCCCUUUGUUUCCCUAAUUGAAAUGUUUUCUGGUUAUGCCCAUCUAAAAAGACGAACACCAGAAGGAGGAAUCCCAAGGCCGGAUUAUAAGAGUUUCAUACCAGCUUAUGAUCCAAUUAAUUGGGAAUACCUCUCUAAACGUAGCUGGGACAUUGGAGGUUUUCGAGGAAUGCACCAAGAGUCCAAACGAGCGGUUACAACUUCACGCGCUUUCUGGAUAUUGUAAUAUUUGUAUGUAGCACAUACAUCAAGCGAUUGGUUUUAUUUAUCACCGCCAUACCUACAUACAUACGGGAUUUUAUUUAGUCGUGCUGCAACUAAAAUGAAAGGACCUUCGUGAAUUGCAUCGUUCUUUUGGAGGUUGAGAAACGCCCGAUUCUGGCUCUGUAGGUGGAAAGAGCUGGGUAGCGAACUUUCGUAAUGGUGACGGUAUACUAAAAUAUUUAUUUGAUAUUCCACCGAUGGUAGCUAAUUUUCUGUGAUUUAUUGGUUUUAUUCUAGGUGAACGAAUUACAGCCUUUUCUAAUAGCGUCAAUACAUAUUAUGACUGGUAAACGUAAUGGUAGUGUGCAACGUAGUACUGUAGCGACCCAUCGCUCCGAUCCCUGUAGCAGAUAUGCCUGUGACCGCCAGAAAAGUAGCAGCAACGACGGCAACGACGUAAUCGUUUGAGACCAUGGUUGAUGAUCAGCACCAGCAGGUACUGGCGUUUGCAACGUAUUGCUAUGGGUGAGUGAUGAAAGCUCUUUUAUUUAAAGCUCCAUUUUCAUUCAAAUUCUGUAUUAAUGCUGAACUGAAGGUGCGUCAUCUACUUAGAGAAUAUAGAAUAUAGAAAGCCUAUUACGAGCUGACCCGCAUCUAUCAUCUGAAAUUUCGGUAUAUACAUACAAAGGGUAUCGACGAUCGUGUUUAAAGGUGUUAUGCUUUCCUUUUAUGACCUAAUCAAUGGAAGAAACGAGCCCGUUGGCAAAAAUACGUAUGCGACAGUGCCACCCCGAUCAGUUCAACGUAGUCUGAACUAGGGAUGUUUCGAAUAUCACAUUUUCCACAUUCGCGUAUGCGAAUGCGAAUUUUCGGAAGGCGAAUGUGUAUAAUAAUAUAAAUAUUUGCAACAUCCCUGUUCUGAACAUUGGCAUACAUAUGUAUGUAAUGAUUCUUCACUGCUGAACCCGAAUGUAAAAUAUAAGGAAGUAGAAGUGCAAGCGUGUUGUUAUUUUACCCAUUGCACUGAUUCCACAAUAUUGGAAGUGAGCUUGUGGCUUGUUCAACUGAGUAGUUGAAUGAAAAAUUAACGAUGAGGCGGUAUGGAAAUAUUCGAUGCCAAUUUCCCCCUCCCCCACAAUUCAAUCUGAUAGGGAAUUUACAUGAGGCGAUUUUACAGGCAACUUUUAGUUGAAUGCAGCAGUUGAAUGGUGUAAAUGGCCUUUCCACUAAUCGCUUUCAAUGAAGUUGGUCCGCUGCCCACUUGAGUUCAACCUUUGGUUCAACCAAUCGCCUGUGAAAGUUGAAUCAUGUAAAUUCGCUUUAAUCUAGUUUAAUCGUAGGCUGAUUAUGCGUCUUGCAUAUUCUUUCUUAUCUUUUCAAAUUAUUUGGUCUUGAAAAUGUCAAAUAUUUUAAUUUCUUUUUAUACAACUUCAAAAUUGCUCAAGUAUUCAUAGCGAUAAUUCUGUAGCUGGAAUAUUUGGCAUUUUAGAUGUGGGAUUGCGUAGGGAGUAAGAAGUGGAAUAGCUGGGUUUUGUGAAGUGGAAUUAAUAGUAAGGGAGUUUAUUCAGAUAUUGUGCUGUUUUCGUUGCAGGGCGGAAGUAGGACCAAUUUUGCAAUUGGUCUUGUAAUUUCUCCCUUAGCUGUGUCGAUGUCGACUACUCUUACUAGGUUGUCGGAACCUGGGUGUAGCUUGACUAUUCUGCCCAAUCUCCAUUCGUUUGGUGGCAGGUUUUCUUCUUUAACGACGACCAGGUCCCCUUGUUUUAAGUUGGUUUGUGGAUGUUUCCACUUGAUGCGUUUCUGCAUCUCGGUGAGGUAUUCCAGUUUCCAUCUCCUACAAAAUGUCUGAUGUAGGGCCUUCAGUUUCUGCCAUCGAUUUACGAUCGAUUUCGGGUGGGGCAAGAAGAUGCCCGCCGACUAGGAAAUGACCUGGGGUAAGUGGCUCCAGGUCAGACGGUUCGUUUGAAGAGGGGCUUAGUGGUCGUGAGUUGAGACAAGACUCAA